AUGAGUGGACGCUCCAGACACGUGUUAGUGAAAAACCAGCAUUAUGACGAGAGUGUGGAGGUUCAUGAGGAGGACCAGGAGGUGACCAGCGUCUAUAGCCCACCUCCACGAAGUAUGCAGCCUCCGGCCGGGACGCAAGGAGGCCGAGGUAGGGGCCUGAUGACCGGGGGAAGCAGCAGCGACGAAGAGCGAGCCCAGAAGAACAAAGAGCCGCCUGGAGCCAGCUCCAAGUCCAGACUGAGUCCAGAUGAUGAUGAGGAUGACGAUGAAGAAGAGGAGUCUGAGGAGGAAGAGGAAACAGAUGAUGAUGAUGAUCAGCCAAAAACUCCAGAGGGAGCGUACAACCCCAACGACUAUGCCCACCUUCCCGUCAGCUCAGAGGUGAAGGAGCUGUUCCAGUACAUUUCCCGCUACACGCCCCAAUCUCUGGAGCUGGACCACAUGUUGAAACCAUUCAUCCCGGACUUCAUCCCGGCUGUAGGAGACAUUGACGCUUUCCUCAAAGUCCCACGCCCUGACUGCAAAGACGACGGCCUGGGACUGAUGAUGCUGGAUGAGCCCAGUGUGAAGCAGACAGAUCCCACCGUGCUCAUGCUGUGGCUGAGAGAGGAGAGCAGACAGCACGGAGACAUGCAGACCCAGAAGGUAACCAGCGUGGCCUUCCCGGAGUCGAAUACUCGCCCCGUGGACCACUGGAGUGACAGCAUCACCGCCCUGCACCGCUCCAAACCCCCUCCCACAGUGCACUUCUCCAGAGCCAUGCCUGACGUGGACUCACUGAUGCAGGAGUGGCUCCCAGAGCUGGAGGAGCUGCUGUCCCGGGUCGCUCUCCCCUCCGCAGAGCUAACACUGGACCUGGGAGACUAUGUGGACCUGGUCUGCCCCCUGCUGGACAUCCCAGUGCACGGCAAGAACACACGCAUACAAGCAUUGCAUCAGCUGUUCACGGUCUACCUGGAGUUUAGGGAUUCUCAGCAUUUUACACAAAGAGACUGA